AUGGUAAAAGAAGAACCACCAGUGCCUAUUUCAUUAAUUCAAGAGAGAAUUAGUGGUCAAUUUGGAUAUUCAAUUUUAUACAAGAAGGCAUGGAAAGCAAAACAAAAAGCAAUAGUUAUUGUAUUUGGUGAUUGGGACGAAUCUUAUGCUGCAUUGUUGUGGUGGCUAGAGUACAUGCAAUUACAUGCUCUUGGAUCUGUAUACAAACUUGAAAUAAAUGAUUAUGUUGAAGGUCACACCGUAGAUGGAACAUUUUUGUACGAUAAAUACCGACAAACUUUGCUAAUUGCUACGACUCAAGAUGGAAACAACUAUGUGCUUUCCAUUGUGUUUGCCAUUGUUGAAGGAGAAACCUUAUCUGCAUGGGAAUGA